UGGGUGAUAAAACAAAAUCUUUAAAAGCUUAAUGUUCGGUCUCAAAUGGCAGCUACAACGACAACACAAUUGAUCAAUCUCACACGCUUUCCACGCUUCAAUCUUCGCCACUUCUCAGUAAACAAUGUUCACAUUCUUCAUCACCAACCCUUUCCUUCCAAACUCUACUACAACCAUCGUUCAAAUCUCAAAACCAUCAAUUGCAAUAGCAAGCUGAAUAACUCAAGUGGGGGAGAACCAUAUGAGAUUGAUGAAGGUGUUUUUGGAGGAUAUAAUGGGAUUGAAGAGGAGAGUGAUGAGGAUCACGUAGAGAGUAGUGUUGAUUUGUUGAUAAAAUUCUUGAAUGGGUAUGAAGGGUGUGAGAAUUAAAGUUACGGGUUUGGAUCCAAUUGAAGAACUUGAGGGAAAUAACCGUGUGGUUUUUAAGUUUUAAGAGGAUGUGCUGGAUUUUGAAUGGGGCAAGAGUUUCUGAUAAAAGAGUGAGUUUUUUCAUUGAGAGUGGAUUAAGUGAUUGUGAAAAAUGUUAAUGAAAUCUUGGUCUUGUCAAUUUUGA